GGUGAGAAAAAGCCGGAGUGCAGUGCUCCUAGUGAAAUCUGAAAUAAUAGUAAUUUUCUUCAAUGAUACUUUUUUACUUUUAGUCAAAAGCAUAAUUUGUUUUUAACUAAUUCAAGAGACCAACAUCCAACAUUAUUAGUCAUAUCCUAUGGAACUGCAAGCAUUGCUGGUAUUAUGUGGGGUGGGAGUGGCGGGCGCGGCUGCCGUCUUGCUGCUGAUGGGGUUGUUCUCUGCAUCAGGCACCAGCUAUGAGGAAGCUAUUGCUCAACAGCGUAAGGUCACAACUGAACUCCUUGCCCUAGCUGAAAGUAGGAAUAAGGCGAAGAAAACUAAUAAGAAGGAAAAAAAGGAAAAGAAGUUGGCAAAGAAAGAAAAAACUAAAGACAAUGCUGGUACAACGGGGACUGAUCCUGAUAGUGAAGCACCUGCUGAGAGUGGAGUGGAAGAUGAGUCAGUUCCGUCCGAGAAGCCUCAUGUAGAGUUCCGCCCUCCUGUUGUUGUUGAUGUUCCAAGAGAUGUGCCACCAACCAUCAAGAUUCGCAAACGCGGUAAAGAUCCUAAAGUAAAGCCGAUACUCUUAAAUAAAGAGGAUCCGAGCUGCGUUAGCGAUCCCAACACGCUGCCUCCCACAGUAUCAGUCUCCAAUCAUUUUGAGGAGAUGCAUCCGAAGGACGAGUUCGAGUUGUUGCAUACUGCACUCGCUACAGAAAAAGUUCUGGAGAAGAAAGAAGAACCAGUUGAAAAGAAAGAAGCCAAACCGCCGAAAGUUGCUAAAGUCGCCAAAGCGGCGAGUAAGCAAACCUCACCUGUCGAUCCGCCGAAAGAGGUUACCCCUCGCGAACAAAACAAUAGUGGGGAUUUCCCAAAGGAACAGCGAAAAUCUAAAAAGGUCGAAAAGAAGCAACCCGCUGAGGAUGUUGCCGAUGAAGUAAAAGAGGAAGUAGUGUUGCCUCUGAAUGCACCUCAUCCUAGUGAACUCACUACCGAAAAGUUGCUGAAGCAAGCUCUCGUGCCUGUUGUGGCGGCACCUACUGCCUCGCCUCCUGCCAAGGGCAAGAAAAAGAAACCUGAACCAAAUGUUUUGACAUUGAUGGCUGCAGGCGAUGGCGGCGGUGUAAAUGUAGGUGAAUUAGUGCGCGUGAUCCGUGAAGCGGCGUUGUCCCGUACUGAGAUACAAAUUCUAACCGACGCAUUGUUGAACAAACAUCAUGACCCGUUGCCAGAACACUCUGAGUGGACAGAGGGUCCUAAUGACCCGAUGCAGAAACUGAAGAAACAACUUGCAGACAAGGAAAAGGCACUCGCUGACGAAAUCGAAGCGAGCCAAGCUGUCCAUGCAAAGUUAAAGGAACUCAGGGUCACGUUGAACUCGGAGCGUGGUCGCGCGGCGGCCGCGUCGCGCGCCAGCGAGCAGGCGGCGGCCGCGCACCGCGCCGAGCUGCACACGCUGCAGGCGCGGCUGCAGCGGCUCGUGGACGAGAAUCACGCGCUGGUGCAGGAGAAACACGUGUCCGAGAGUGGUCUGGUGCAGCAGCUGGCCGCGCUGCAGGCGGAGCUGAACGCGCGCCUGGUGGAGCUGGGCCAGGCGCGCAUGGAGGUCAAUGCCGCGCGGGACGCCAUGAUGAUCUCGCAGCAACACGCCGCCGAAAUCGCGCAACAACUGCAGGAUGCCAAUGACGCGUACGGUGAGUUGGAGCAACAGCGGCAGUGUGCCGUACACGCGGAACAACUCGCGCAACAGGAAUUACGACAGGCGCAAGAACGGCUCAACGCUUCAAACGAGCUUCAAAGUGAAGUACAAAGAUUGACAAGCCGCGCGCAAGCUGCAGAGAGCAACUUGGAUAAACUGAAGGAAGAAAUGGAAACACAAAAACAACAGCUUUCUCACGAAAUCUCAUCACUAAGGGAGCAACUUGCAGAGAAAGAGUCAGAACUGGCGGAACUUCGACAGUUGAAGGCAGCCCCUGCACAAAAUGGCCUACCUUCUACUGACUCACAUAAGGCGGCCGAGCUAGCGAAGGUUGAGAGUGUAGUGGAAGCGUUACGUGGAGAAUUAGCCGGCGCGCAAGCCGCCAGUCGCGACCAACGUGAUGAAUUAACACGACUCAGGGAACAACUCUCCGCCUACCAACUAAAGAACAAUGAGUUACGAACUAAAAACUGGAAAGUAAUGGAAGCUUUACAGUCUGCCGAAAAAGCUCUUCAGACGAAAUCAUCAAGUGCGUUGCCGGCCCAAGACGCGCUGCGAGACGCAAUUCAGAAAGCACAAGAAGCGCAGUACAACGAAGUUGCAACUGUAUUGAGGACAGUAUGCCCGUCGGCAGCACCUGGUAAUAAAACUGGCAGCGACUGGCUGCGAGCUUUCGCCGAUAACCUGAAAAAGGAAUUGGAGAAGAGAGAGUUAGAGAAGAAGGAAGCUGAGAAGAGAGCGGCAGAGAAAGUCGUCGAAGAGAGAGUGGUAGAAAGGGUUGUGGAAAAAGUAGUCGAAAAAGAAAGCCAGUCGAGCGCACGUCUAACUGACCUUGAAAUGCAGAACGAGCAGCUGCAAGGCCUUGUUGAUAAAUACAAAAAAAUAAUUGAUGACACUGAGGGGGUUUUGAGUCGCCUUCAGCAGAACGUGACGACGGAAGAACAGCGCUGGGCGCAGCAGUUAGCCGAUAAGCAACGCGAACUCGACGAUCUACGCACAAGGACCGUACUGCAGGAACCUCUGGCGUUUGCAUACUCCUGCAUAGAAAAAUCUUUGCCUACGAUCAUAUCCGAGAUGCAGAAUAAAAUAGACAGUUUACAAAGUGAAUUGGAGCGUGCACAAGCGUCUAAUCACACCAAUUCAUUUGCAGAUGCCGAACGGCUCACGCAGGAAAGAUUAAUGGGAGGAUUAUCUGAAAAACGUAAUGUAGAUGUAUGCAAUGGACCACGACAGGUAGGAUUAGAAGAAAAAUAA